CACAGCCUACCUCUCUAUCUCUCGUAGGCGACGAUUCGCAUGCAUCAAAGCUUCAUAAUAAAUUGAAUAUCAUAUCCAACGACGCGUCGAAGAAAACGAAGGAGAAACGGGACAAGAAAGGUGAAUAGGGGGUGAGAGGGGGUAGGCGGAGAGGAGGGGUGGAAAGAGGAAAGAAGAAGAGGAAACCCGGAGGUCCUGGACCUGCGCCAUGCGAGGCGAGCGUCCCGUCACGGAGCGUUCCGAUGCUCGAAUCGCUCGACGACCAGCUCGACGCCGUCAGUACACGCGUCUCGACGCCCGGGGAUGCGUCCUGUGCCGGAAGCGCAGCGUCGGCUCUCGUUCUAACGGUUUCGAGGACCGAUCGCGUUAUCCUUCGCUGUUGAAGUGUGUCGUUUCGUGUAAAAAAAAAAAAAAAAAAAGAAAAGAAAAAAAAACCACAAAGAAAAACAAUCGAUUGUAACACUGUACACAUAUGACGUGCCGUGUUCAUUCGCGAGUAUAAUGCUACACUAUCCUCACGAGAAUGAGGGUGGCACGGCUAUUACUGUGCUACGUACUUCUCGAAGACUACAGUACCAAUCUCGGCAGGGCUGCAAUUACCAGCGACGCCGCGCGCCAGGACGCCUCUGCGACGAAUCCCACGCUGCCAGAUCUGCCCAGCUUCACGAAGCCGAUCGGUAAUGUGACCGCAGCCAUCGGCAAAGAAGCCGUUCUACCGUGCACGAUCCGGAACCUGGGAAAUUACAAGGUGGGAUGGCUCCGCAUGGAGGACCAGACGAUAUUGUCGAUGGGUCAGCGAACGGUGACCCACUCGCCGCGGUUCCUCGCCACGCUGGAGAACGCGAGGACGAAGAAUCAGAGCCAAUCGAAGGACGAGGAGGAGGCCACUUCGCGGCUGCAUAUUCGCCAACUACGGGAAGCUGACCGAGGCUGCUACAUGUGCCAACUGAAUACGAAGCCCAUGUUGAGCCAGCUGGGAUGCGUGGAUGUCCUAGUUCCGCCAGAUAUACUGAGUUCCGGUACUUCGGAGGGUGAGGUUUCCGUUUUGGAGGGCGAGAACGCGACCCUCUCGUGCAACGCCUCUGGAAGACCGCCACCUCGUGUGCUCUGGCGACGCGAGAAAAGUGGUUCCAUACUUAUGAGGGGUCUUCACGAUCCGCUGAUACCAGUGGACAGCAGGUCCGGCGAGAAACUGGAAUUAACCAGGGUCGACAGGAGGCAAAUGGGAGCUUAUCUUUGCAUAGCCAGAAACGAAGUGCCACCGGCAGUCAGCAAGAGGGUCUAUCUGAGGGUGAACUUCCCACCUAGCGCGAAGGUUCCCAACCAACUGUUAAGCUCCCCUCUGGACACGGACGUGUCCCUAAUUUGCUUGAUCGAAGCUUAUCCAAAGACGAUUAACUUGUGGACCAGGAGGGAACAGGUUAUCAUGAGCGGGGGUAGAUACGAAAUCAACGAACGGGGACACCCGGACGAGGAAUGGAAGACAACGAUCGAGCUGAAGAUAAGGCGCUUGGAGCAAACGGAUUUAGGAGAGUACACGUGUUCGGCGUCCUCAAGCAUGGGGCGAGCCGAGGCCACCCUUAGAGUGUACGAGAUCGAACGCGCGACAUCCCCAACUCGCGCGACGUCCGCGAAUUGGAAGAAGUUGGGCAAAGGGAAGUCGAAGUACGCGCAAGUGACGACGAGCAAUCGAGCGUUCUACCAGAUGAGCACACCCGCGAUGCAGAAGAGUACCGCGAGGAUCGCGUACAACAAGUACGCGACCACCUCCACCACGAUGAACCCACGGGCGCAUUUUAACAAGGACGAGGACAGUUUCCAGGACUCCGGGAACCCUAGCGCGAAGAGUUCCGCCGAGGCCGGAACCACGGCCGUUCGAAUCUACGGCUUUUGUUUGCUAGUUUUCCUCGGUCUACGAUAAAUGUAUGCCACGUUCUCCGUGAUUCUAUCGAUAAAGAAAAAGAUACCCAAAACGAAAAAAUGGCGCGAGUAGAGCGACGAAAAUAUUUCACUCGACUCGCGCGCGAACGAAACGGAGGAGUUCUACAUCUAGGCUGGUAAACAUUGCAGCUUCGAACAUUUCCGAACAAAACGAUCGAGAGAGGGAAUCCCGAACUUGAAAGUUUUAAUUGAACUUAAAGGAACGGUAAGGGUGGAAGGUCUACCGAGGACGAUGGGAAGUUCUUACCGCGUUUCACGGGACGAUGAAGUAAAAGUACUUGAACGGCGACGAUACAGCGUGCGAAUCGAUCAAGCGUCGCGGCGGAACGCUGUUUGCGAAUUUUAAAAGAGAAACAAACGCUUACGGUGGUAUUUUUUAUGAGCCUUUUGCCCAAAAGGGGUUUUCCGAGCGCGGGGGUGACAGAGUGCUCGUGAGCGUAAUGAGUUGUUUAGUUGGACUGAAUGUUUGUAACGUUGUCGAAUAUUUUUUUAACAACGUAUGAAUAAUGAACGUGGGACGAUGGGUUACAUCGAAUCGAGGGACUGUCUCGUUUCUCGUUCGCGGAGAGUUUUGGUAGGUGUUACGGUGUAAUUUUUAUAUUGUUAGCGUCGAGAAAGCCUUACCGCAUAUGCAGGGUGUCUGUCUCAAGUGGGCCACCAGUGUCAUUCACGAGAGCAUCGUUCGGGAAUGAUGGAAUGAAGAGGGGAAUUGAUAUACCGUCGACCGAUUAACUCGCGUUUACGAUAUUAUUUCAGCAAUGGCAGUGGCGAUCCAAUUAAAAUGAACAUCCGUUAACGUAUCGUUACGUCGUAAUAAUUAUUGUCAACGAUUAAUUAAGUACGUGUAUAACGUUUUCCACAAGGACUCGCGGCACGUCGUGAAUCGGCCCACCUUAAGCAACUAUUCGAUUACAUUCGAACGCAGACAAAUAAUUAGCAUACUAAUUUGUACAUACGGGGUAAGACGAUCGGUGGCGCGUUACACUUUCACGAGGUACCUCGAG